ACAAGGCACAGACACAGCUCUUCUUUCUCCAACAAGGCACUUUCUGCCUCGUCUUGUCCGCUUCGGAGUUCGCAGUUCGUGUUCGAGCAGAACAACGAGCUCUCAUCUUUCUCCAGCAGACACUUUCUGCCUCUUUUGUCUGCUUCGGAGUUCGCAGUUGGCGUUCGAGCAGAACAAGAUGGGACCUUCUUCGAGGCUUUUCUGCUUUUCCUCUCGUCUUCUUCCAAACGGUCUGAGCAAGUAGAGCAUGCCGGUCUCUGUUUUCUGCAAUGAAACUGCCCUGACCUAAGAACAAGUCCAAGUAGCAGAAGGUGACCCAAAACGGCCGCUUCAUGCGGCCUUGAUUCUUCGAAGCCUUACAAUCCUUCCGCAUCAAAAGCCUCGGAGUCUUGUGUUGACUCUUACUAGAAACAAUAGGUGUGGAUAGAGAGAUCUUUACCGGUAGCCAAUGGUAGUACUCUGUGUCACCUUUGCCACGCUUUCUUACUAAGAAACAAGUGUGGAUAGAGAGAUCUUUGCGGGUAAGCCAAUGAUAGUCCUCUUUGUCACCUAUCAUAUGCUUUCUUCCGAGGACAGAUGAAAGCAAUGCCUGUCCCUUGUUUCGACUGCCGACACCACACCACCGAAUGAGACAUGAGCUGGUACAAGAAGGAAUCUGUGUGAAGGAUCAAGGAAAGCAUAGAAAAUUGGACUUCUUCUUCUUCGUCCCUUACCGUUCGUGCUGAGUUUGGUCUAACAGGAAUUUUCUUUCGUUGUCAGAGAGAUGGAGAAAUCUUGGAGCUAAAUGCUCCGAAAACAAUAUCAACUCUAUAGAGGCCAAAUGGUGGGUAGAUGAACUCUGGCCUUUGAUCUGGCCUUGUACAGUAGCAGUUUCUCCGAUAGAGGAAGAUCUUGAGAUAAGAUGGCAGAGGUUGUAGUCUUCAGCUUGAUCGAGAAGAUGACCGAUGCUGUGGCCACUGCAGCAGUCCGACCUCCCGGCUGGCUCGCCAGGCCUCAGCAGAACGUUCACGAAGGGAUGAUCCGGAUCAAGAGCGAGCUCGAGGUGAUGCACGAGUUCCUCAAGUCCAUGAACACGUACAGAGGCGAACAAGAGCUGGUCUUUAUCUCCUGGGCCAAGCAGGUUCAAGAUGUGGCCUACGAUAUCGAGGACAUCGUCGACGAGUACACCUACGUCGUCGCCGGUAGCAGCUGGGGCAGCUUGGGAGCCUUCGUCCGUGGCCUCUCCAACGACGCCAAGGCCACUGCUUUGCGCGAAAUCGCCAGGAGACUGGAGGCCAAGGAAGUUAGCCUUGCUCAGCUAUCAGGAAUCGGAGAGUUGCCUGUCAUCAGAAUCCCACACAGGUUGGCGGAGCUGCCCGACGACCCCCAGCCGGGCUACCAUUUAGCGGAAUCAGCACACUUCGUCGAGGAAGACGAACUUGUGGGGAUCGACGACCACAAGGAUAGGCUUAUCGGGUUGCUGACGGACGAGGAGCCCCGGCGCACCGCAGUCGCCGUCUUCGGCAUGGGCGGCGUCGGGAAGACCACCCUCGUGACCAGAGUUUACAGAGACAGAGCAAUCCUCAGCCACUUCAGCUGCCGCGCGUGGGUCUUUGUGUCCCAAAACUACAACAUCGAUGACCUGCUGCGGAAGAUCCUGAGGGCGCUGCUGCAGGAGAGGAUGGAAGAGGCCGCCGACGACUUCGAUUCGAUGGAGUACAGGAGGCUGGUGGAAGCUCUCCGCGCGCAUCUGGAUCGCCAGAGGUACCUGAUUGUGCUGGACGAUGUGUGGCAAGUCAGCAUCUGGACGGACAUCAGCUACGCGCUGCUCGCCAACAGCUGCCGGAGCAGAGUCGUCAUCACCACGAGGAUGCAGGAAGUGGCUUCGGUGGCGGGUGGCAGCCGGGUCAUGACAGUGGACCCUCUGCCGGAGGAGAUGGCGUGGUCUCUCUUCUGCAAGAAGGCGUUUCCGAGGGGGGAAGGAAGCGUGUGCCCCCCGGCGCUGGAGCACUGGGCCAGAAGAAUCGUGGACAAGUGCGAAGGCCUCCCCCUCGCCAUCGUCGCCAUCGGCAUCCUGUUGUCCCACAGGGACAGGGCGGAGUCGACAUGGAAGAGCAUGCACGACGGCCUGACAUGGUCUACCACCGAACACACAGGGCUCCAUAGAGUCUCCAGAAUCCUGAGCCUAAGCAUCAGGCAUCUACCGUACCACCUCAGGAACUGCCUCUUACACUGCAGCCUCUUCCCGGAGGGUUACCUCAUCGGAAGAAAUCGGUUGAUCAGGCUCUGGGUGGCGGAAGGGUUCGUGAAGGAGCGGCGUCAGAGGUCGAUGGAGGAGGUGGCCGAGGACUACCUCAACCAACUGGUCGGCCGCUGCCUGCUCCAAGUCACCCACACAAACGAGUCCGGAAGGGUGCGCUUCUGCCGAGUUCAUGACCUCGUCAGGGAGCUCAUCGUGGCCAGAUCCAGAGAGGAGCACUUCGCCGAGGCGUACGACGGCAAGCCGGAAGAUUUAAGCGAUCGGAUCCGGCGACUCUCCCUCGUGCAGGGUGAAGAUGAGAGGCUGAGCGAGAAGAUGCCGCUGCUUCGGUCCUUCCUUGCGUUCUCACCGGCUUCCACCUCGCUGCUCUCCAAGUGUCGGCUGAUAAGAGUCUUGGAUCUCCGCGCCGCUGCAUUGGAGAGCUUGCCGGACGAGAUAGGCCACCUCUUCAACCUGCGAUACCUGAGCAUACGGCGCACCAAUGUCAGGCACCUGCCCAAAACACUGGGAAGCCUUCGGAAGCUUGAAACCUUGGAUGCGGUCUACACCCACGUCGAGGAGCUCCCCAGCGGAGUCACAAGGCUGGAGAGCCUGCGGCAUCUGAUGGUGAAGAAGUUCCACCGUCAGACUUCAAGAUACACCAUUCUCGGCGGCGGAGUCGUCGUUCCGGGCGGGAUGGGCAAGCUGCAGAAGCUGCAGACUCUGAAGGCCGUAGUAGUGGAGGACGAGACGACGGUCCGGCAUCUGCGGAGUCUGACGCAGAUGAAGAGCUUGGACAUCAGAGGCGUGAGAACCAUCCACAGCAAGUUGCUCUCGGCGUCCAUAUCCAAUAUGGAUCGCCUUGUUCGCCUGGUGGUGAUGGCGAGGCACAAAGACGACACCUUGCUGCUAAACAACCUCACUCCUCCGCCGCAGCUGCGGAAGCUAAGCUUGUACGGGAUGCUGGAGAAGGGGAUGACGUCUCGGUGGCCUGACUCUCUCAGAGCUCUCACUCAUUUGGUCCUAAAGAUGUCGAGACUCAAGGAGGACUCGCUGUCUUCGCUCAUGGAGUUGCCCAACCUGGUGUCCCUCUUUCUCAUGCAAGCAUACGACGGGACCGAGCUGUGCUUCCGUGCCGGUUGGCUCCGGAGGCUCAAGUCUUUGGGGCUGUGUGAUAUGAUCCACCUCAGCCGAAUGGAAGUAGAAGAGAACGCCCUCGAGAGCCUGCGUGAGCUGAGACUGGUAAGGUGUGGCAAGUUGAAGACGAUUCCGGUUGGCAUAGAGUACCUCGGUGGCUUGCAGAAGCUGGAACUCGAGGGCAUGCCAAUUGAGCUGGUGGAGAAGCUGCAUGGAGGGGGACAGACCGAGGACGACCGUGCGCGGCUUCAACAUAUCCCCAUCAUCAUGAACUGGUUCCAGAGAGACGGAUGUUGGAUGGAGGAAAGGCUCUCUUAACAUCUUUUCACCAUUGUUUAGAUCGUAGCCUGUGAUCGUUUAGAUCUCAGUUGCUGGCGUAUAGAAUCAUUACCUGAACUUGAUUGCAAUUGGAAACACAAGUUAUGCAUCUGGAACAAUGUAAUUGCGAUUUACAUAACAAGGAUCAUCAUCAUUGAAAUUUAGGACUG